AAAGAAGAGAAAGUCAGAGAGAGAGAGAGAGAGAGAAGAUGAAGAGGCAAAGGUGAGAGAUUUUCUUUGAGUGUUUCUUCCGAAGUUUGUUUGCUUUCCAAAGAACACCGACACUGGUGGGUUGUGGUGGUGAGGUAGGUUAAAGUAGAAGUAUUUAAUAUAUUUAGGAAGCGAGCGUUCAAACGACAAUGUAUGGGGAUUGUCAAGUAAUGUCAACAAUGGGAGGGAACGUAGUUUCCUCAGAAACCCUAUUUUCGUCGUCGCCAAUCCAAAACCCUAACUUCAACUUCAUGCCUUUCCAGACUUUCCCUCCCAUAAUUGCUAAAGAAGAAAACGGGCUUCUCAUAGGGAAGGAUGAGGUGGAGAGUGGUUCUGGGAGUGAACAUGUUGAAGAAAAGUCAGGGAACGAGCUAGAAAGUGAGCAGCCUCCCAAGAAGAAACGCUACCAUAGGCACACCUCUCGCCAGAUCCAAGAAAUGGAAGCUUUGUUUAAGGAAUGUCCACACCCAGAUGAUAAGCAGAGGCUGAAACUCAGCCAAGAACUUGGGCUGAAGCCACGGCAAGUGAAGUUCUGGUUCCAAAACCGGCGAACCCAGAUGAAGGCACAACAAGACCGGGCAGAUAAUGCGGUACUUAGAGCAGAGAAUGACACUCUAAAGAAUGAGAAUUUCCGGCUACAGAGGGCACUAAGCAAUGUUGUCUGUCCUAAUUGUGGUGGUCCGGGGAUGAUCGGAGGGGAGAUGGGCUUGGAUGAACAGCAAAUUCGCCUCGAAAAUGCCCGCCUCAGAGAAGAGCUUGAACGUGUUUGUUGUAUGGCUUCACAAUAUUCUGGGCGGCCAAUCGAAGCAUUACCACCAGCUCCUUCACUGAUGCCCCUUUCAUUGGAUUUGGAUAUGAAUAUGUAUUCGAGGCACUUCCCUGGCGACCCAAUGGCUCCAUGCACAGACAUGAUUCCGGUGCCCAUGUUAAUGCCGUCAGAAACAUCUUCCCACUUCUCCGAAGUCGGUCUAUUGUCAGAAGAGGAAAAGUCGAUGGCGAUGGAGCUUGCAGCCUCGUCGGUGGAGGAACUGGUGAAAAUGUGCAAAGGAAGUGAGCCGCUUUGGAUGUCGAGCAAUGAAAAUGGAAGAGAAGUGCUUAAUUUUGAGGAGCAUGCGAGGAUGUUUCGGUGGCCAUUGAACCUCAAGCAGCACUCCAAUGAGUUGAGGACUGAAGCCAGCCGUGAUAGUGCUGUUGUUAUAAUGAAUAGCAUCACCCUAGUCGAUGCCUUUCUUGAUGCUAAUAAAUGGAUGGAGUUGUUUCCUUCAAUAGUUUCUAGAGCAAAAACCAUUCAAGUUAUAUCGUCAGGUGAUUCUGGACAAGCAACUGGGUCUCUUCAACUGAUGUAUGCAGAAAUGCAAGUUGUGUCUCCGUUGGUGCCGACUAGAGAGGCUCAUUUCCUUCGAUAUUGCCAGCAGAAUGCGGAGGAGGGGACAUGGGCAAUUGUUGAUUUCCCAAUUGAUAGCUUCCAUGACAACCUCCAGCCUUCCUUUCCCAGAUACAACAGACGCCCCUCUGGCUGUCUUAUUCAAGAUAUGCCUAAUGGCUACUCAAGGGUAACAUGGGUAGAACAUGCAGAGGUGGAGGAGAAACCCGUCCAUCAGAUAUUCAGUGAGUACGUGUACAGUGGGAUGGCAUUUGGAGCGCAACGCUGGUUAGCUGUCUUGCAGCGACAAUGCGAGAGAGUUGCAAGCCUCAUGGCCCGAAAUAUAUCCGACCUUGGAGUGAUACCCUCUUCAGAAGCACGAAAGAACAUGAUGAAGUUGGCUCAAAGAAUGAUAAGAACUUUCUGCAUUAACAUCAGCACGUCAAGUGGGCUUAUAUGGACGGCUCUGUCGGAUAACCCAGACGACACCGUUCGAAUUACCACAAGGAAAAUCACUGAGCCUGGACAACCGUACGGCCUCGUACUUUGUGCUGUUUCCACUACUUGGUUGCCCUGUUCUCAUUACCAAGUCUUUGAUCUCUUGAAAGAUGAACGGCGUAGAUCUCAGCUUGAUGUUCUGUCCAAUGGGAAUUCCUUACAUGAGGUGGCUCACAUCGCUAACGGCUCUCAUCCAGGAAAUUCCAUUUCUCUUCUUCGCAUCAACGUAGCCAGCAACUCAUCCCAGCAUGUGGAGCUAAUGCUGCAAGAGAGCUGCACAGACGAGUCCGGGAGCCUCGUUGCGUACACAACCAUCGACGUGGACUCCAUCCAGCUCGCCAUGAGCGGCGAGGACCCCUCCUGCAUUCCCCUCCUACCCAUGGGCUUUGUCAUGGUUCCCGCCGGAUCCACCGCCGACACCGCUAACGUUUCCGGCGACGGCAACCCAAUCUCAUCAUCUGAAGACUCGAUUAAUGCACCCACUUCUUCUUCAGGCUGUCUACUCACGGUAGUGCUCCAAGUUCUUGCAAGCACAAUCCCAUCAGCAAAGCUCGACCUCUCCAGCAUCACCGGCAUCAACAACCACUUGUGUAACACGAUGCACCAAAUUAGUGCCGCUCUCAGUAACACCAACACCAACACCAGCUGCCCUGAUAAUGCUAGCGUUAUAGGUUCUUGCAUUGAGCCCGCUACUACAGCACCAGUACCCAAGCAAUAGCUUGGAAGUUGUGUAUCCUGAAAUUGUUAGCAAUUUGUGCAGGUAAUCUAAGAGAGAGCUCAUACGGAAUCCACGCAUUCAAAAUAAAUUUUGGGUUGUUUGGCUCCUUUUCGGAUAGAUGGAUUCUAUAUGAACUCUCUCACAUUAUCUGCCCAAAUUAGUAACAAUUCAGACAUACGGAUAAUUAUCGUGGAUUUUUACCCCAAGACUUUUAUUAGUGGGAAUUAAUUGUGGGUAAUUUGGUGAGAGAGAGGGGGGUAGGAAUGUGAAAUAAAAAUAGGUGAAGUAGGGUUUUGGUAAAUAAGGGAGGGUGUAACUAAUGAAAGUGGUAGGUGUUAGUAGGUAGAGGAAAGAUUUGGUGUGUGGAGGUGCAUGGUGUAGGCCUGAGGCGGAGUCAAGAGCGCACCAGACAUGACCCUUGGUUUGUGGUGAGGCUUAUGGAAGUGGGAAAAGAAAUGGGCCUCACCAGUUAACAAGGGUGGUGGUUCGGGUAUUGACUUCUGCUUGUCUGUCGGCCUUUUUUUUGUUCUUCAUGAAUUCAAUGCUUUUUUUCAAUCACAUUAACUCUUUUCUUCAUUCAGUACUUUUAUGCCCCUCUAAUUCAUCUCUCCCUCUUGAAUUUAUGUCAAGGUUUGUUUUCUUUUU